CUCCCCCAGGCGCCGACGUAGAGGGCGGAGCUUCUCUGACCGGGGCGUGAGCGGUUACUUGGGCCAGAAGGUUCUGUGGUGGAGGCCCUCCUCCUGCUGCCCCGCCCAGUGGGUUCGUUUGCACGGCUGCUUCCACACCCUUUCUUCCUCCUCUUUCCCCCCUCGCCCCGCCUUCCUUCUCUUACUUCUCAACCUCUCUGGUUCCUUCCCCGCCUCGCCACCUUCCACGAUCUCGCGAGACUUGGCCCAGAACAUUGCGGAUCGGGUCGGCGCCAUUUUGGGACUGAGACUGGUUGUGGGGGAGGGAAAAGCGGCAAAAGGGGAUUAUUCAAAGUACCGAAAACCUCCUCCCGGGAUCGAGCGCAGCGGCACCCCCAGGCCAGGGGCACCUCUGGUGGGGCAGCAGGUGAUUGAAUUUGGCAGAUAUGAAGAUCAUCAUCUAGGUUUUGUUUAAAAGGCCCCGGAUAUUUCAAGUGGCCAUUUUGGAAUUACAGUUUUGUUUUUGUUUUGGGCAAUUUUGCCCCAGAAGUUUACUAAAAUUGACAAGGAUCAUCUCUGAAGUGACUUGAUAGUAGUGAACAAAUUCAACGAGCUACUAAAAGACCCAGCCAUUUCUUCAGUAUUUUGGUUCAAACGGAUUAUAUAAGUGGUUAAAGUAUUUCGUCUGGUGUUAUUUUUGUCUCUUCCCCCUCUCCUGUUGGUGUUCUUCAGCCAAAACUGUAAGAUAUGUUUGAUUUGUGUACCCAGUAGUUUCAGCAGUUUCAAAUUACUGUUUAAGUAUUGCUGAAGUUUUGUGGCAGUUCUUUUUACCUUAUUAAAAGUUUUAGUAAUUUUUGACUUCAGCUCUUUUCAUAUUACAAUGGGACAGCUUUUCUAAAUGAAGACAUUGAAAGAAUACAGAGUUUUUUUCUUUUUAUCUUUUAUUUACUUGGGAAUGUAAGAUGUUCCAGUUUCACACCAGCAUGGUAGUAUUGAGAUAGCUAUUUGUGUGUCUAUAUUCGCUGAUGUUUAGAAGUUAUCUUCAGAUGUGAAAUUUUCCUUUUUGUUUCUGCUUUUUGGCACAUAUAUUGGAUAUUUCAUCUGGAGUGGAUAAAUACAACAGUGACAAAUACAUGGAAUAGUAAAGAAGACCUUGCUCUUGAAUCCAAGGAACUUGGCUAAUUCUGGAUCUAGCCCUAUGAAAACUUCAAAAUAAAUAUGGGUAGCUGACUUCAAGUAACUCUAUGUCAAAUAGUCAUAGGUUAAGUAUCUUCAAAGAACUUGGAUAUUUCAGAGGAUACAAAAUAAAAAAACAAACUGGAAAACAUAAAGCUUAUAGAGAAAAAAUCAACACCUUCCUGUGCAGUCCUCUUGGAAUUUGGACUUGCCAUGAGGUGUUGAAGCCUUGUUUCACUGAGUUGGAGAGACUGGACCUAAAUGGCGCAGCAUGACUUUGCUCCAGCCUGGCUUAAUUUUCCUACUCCUCCAUCAUCAACAAAGUCAUCAUUGAAUUUUGAGAAGCAUUCUGAAAAUUUUUCAUGGACAGAAAAUCGUUAUGAUGUGAGUCGUCGACGACACAAUUCUUCAGAUGGCUUUGAUUCUGGUAUUGGACGUCCUAAUGGAGGUAAUUUUGGGAGGAAAGAAAAAAAUGGAUGGCGUACGCAUGGCAGAAAUGGUACAGAAAACAUAAAUCAUCGUGGGGGAUACCAUGGUGGAAAUUCCCGUUCUCGUAGCAGUAUUUUCCAUUCUGGAAAAAGCCAAGGACUACAUGAAAACAACAUCCCUGACAAUGAAACUGGGAGGAAAGAAGACAAAAGAGAACGCAGACAGUUUGAGGCUGAGGAUUUUCCAUCAUUAAAUCCUGAAUAUGAGAGAGAACCAAAUCAGAAUAAAUCUUUAGCUGCGGGUGUAUGGGGCCUACACGCCCAGACACACACAUACCCAACCAAAAAAAUCUCCCAAGCUCCUCUCUUAGAAUAUCCCCCGAAUCCUAAAUCUAGAACUCCAAGAAUGCUGGUCAUUAAGAAAGGUAAUACAAAAGACUUACAGCUAUCUGGAUUCCCAGUAGCAGGAAACCUCCAGUCACAGCCAGUUAAGAAUGGAACUGGUCCGAGUGUUUAUAAAGGCUUAGUCCCCAAACCUGCUGUUCCACCUACAAAACCUACACAAUGGAAAAGCCAAACUAAAGAAAACAAAGUCGGGACUUCUUUUCCUCAUGAAUCUACAUACGGUGUUGGCAACUUUAAUACUUUUAAGUCAACGGCCAAGAAUAUUAGUCCAUCAACAAAUUCAGUGAAAGAGUGUAAUCGUUCAAAUUCAUCUUCGCCUGUUGACAAACUUAAUCAGCAGCCUCGUUUAACUAAACUGACACGAAUGCGCAGUGAUAAAAAGAGUGAAUUUUUGAAAGCAUUGAAAAGGGACAGAGUAGAAGAGGAGCAUGAAGAUGAAAGCCAUGCUGGCUCAGAGAAGGAUGACGACUCAUUUAAUUUGCAUAACAGUAAUAGUACUCACCAAGAAAGAGAUAUAAACAGAAACUUUGAUGAAAAUGAAAUUCCACAGGAGAAUGGCAAUGCCUCAGUGAUUUCUCAACAGAUCAUUCGUUCUUCGACUUUUCCACAAACUGAUGUUCUUUCCAGUUCACUUGAGGCAGAACACAGAUUAUUAAAAGAGAUGGGCUGGCAGGAAGACAGUGAAAAUGAUGAAACAUGUGCUCCCUUAACUGAGGAUGAAAUGAGAGAAUUCCAAGUCAUUAGUGAACAGUUACAGAAGAACGGUCUAAGAAAAAAUGGUAUUUUGAAAAAUGGCCUGAUCUGUGACUUCAAGUUUGGACCCUGGAAAAACAGCACUUUCAAACCCACAAUUGAGAAUGAUGACACAGAGACAAGUAGCAGUGACACAUCGGAUGAUGACGAUGUGUGAAGGAUUUCCUCACAGCUUUAGAAAUUUUAGUGUGAUACAUCUCUCAUGCAGUUUGGGGUGAAUUGUAAAAAUGAAGAACUAUAAUUUAUGUAGUGAACCUACCCCAUUAGAAGAUGAUUUUUUUGGGGGACUUCAAUAUGAAGAAAACCAAGAAUGUUGUGUUGGGCUGUGUUGAACAUUAUUUCUUUGUAAAUGAAUGUUGUAGAAAUGAGGACUUUGGUUGAUCCAACAUUGACUUUCUUCAUCACUGCAGCAUUUCUCUUGACUAGCAAUGUGACGAUGUAACAAAUGAGAUUUUCUCAUUUAAUAAUAAAAAAUUGUGUAAUGUUUUGCAAAGCUUCUGUCUUAAAAUGUUCAGGUCUUAAGGUACAAGGCAGCUUACAGUUUUGCUUGCAGAGUCCUAUCUUUUUUGAACAGUGGAAAUCUUCAACUCUACUUGUGUGCACCUCCUCACCCCACUUCCCCCUAAAACAAAACAACAGCAAAAAAGGAAAAUGUAGCAUGUUGGCUAAAACUGGAGCAAAGUGCACUAAAACAUUAACUUCUUGAACUCAACUCUUGUACCAAGUCACCUUUCAAAACAAAUUUCUCUUUAGUCUUUCGUAGUGCAGUAAUUUGAGAGAGGAGACGUGCCAGGCGUUCUUCCAAGCUUUAGGAGGUGCUUGUCAAGAGCUUUAUUUGGUGUACUGUCAGAUCAGGAUUUUCAGAGGUGAUUGAAAGAGUUGUGGGAAAACUUAUUUUGAUAAAUUAUUACACAUGCAGAAAACCUGAUCACUGACUGGAUCUGUCCACAACAUGGAAAAUAAACUGGAUUUUCAGAA